AUGUGCGUACGCACAACAGAGAAAAAGGAAAUCAGUCGAAUUUCACUCUGUCGAAUUUUUAUAAAGUCGGUUGUUACACGAUAAGAUGCCUCACAAAUUGUCGAUUUCUUGUAAAAGGUCGUGAUUGUCAGGAUUAUAGAUCAGGUAAGCGAGUUUUGUUGUUGUUUUCUUUAAUUUUUAGAUCACUUAUUUGCGCGACAACGAUAAGCAGAUACUCUAAAUCGCAACGAAGACUGAGGUAAGCUUGGUCUCUGAAUUAUGUAAUUCCUUGGAAUUCAGAUUAAUUUUUUUUUAUUGCUGGACAUGUUAUAACAUCCGCCUUCGCUGGUUUGGACCUGAGCUUUGUGUAUGUUGGACGAAGAGCAUACCGCCUUCCCGUACGUUUAUCCAGUCCGCGAAAGCGUUUUUGACGACAAAAUAGUCAUACCGGAGGAACCAAGCGUUAAUCGGACCUAAAUUGUGAGUUUUUUUUAUAUUGUACUUGGUGUUUGGGCAUACGUGAUGGAAAAUGUCGAAAAUUCCAAAAAUUUUCCGAAAUUUUGUCCAGAGAUUUUUUAAAUCCGGUCUAUGGAGCUUCCUGAUCCCGUUUCGAUUAGAUCUAUAACUAUUUUGGGUAUCGUCUUGGUAUCUUGGUGAUGGUGAUAAAAUAAAAUGUUUACAAAAGCGUCCAAUUUGGAGUCUAAAAUGUAAAUUUAGCUCCCGGUGUCUGAUGUUUUGCGAAGAAAAGCAGGUGGAUGUCGACUUUCCCGCCAAAGACCUGAUUCAUCACCCCGUGACGAUCUUCAUCAUGAGUACUAACAGCCAAUAG